AUGCAGGCUGCCCAGCAAGCCUGGGAGCUCGAGAACGCGAUAAGCGUCUUUGAUCCCCAACGAGAUGCCCUCUAUGAAUACGAUGCCGACACAGAAAAAGCCCUCAACGACGAGCGACCAUGGGCAACCGACCCAUACUAUUUCAAGCACGUCCGAAUCUCCGCUACAGCACUAUUGAAGAUGGUGAUGCACGCCCGCUCCGGUGGCUCACUAGAGAUUAUGGGUUUGAUGCAAGGCUACAUCCUACCGAACACCUUCGUGGUGACAGAUGCGUUCCGGCUCCCAGUUGAAGGCACCGAGACCCGAGUGAAUGCACAGGACGAGGCAAACGAGUACAUGGUAUCAUAUCUGCAGUCGUGUCGAGACGCAGGGCGGAUGGAAAAUGCUGUCGGAUGGUAUCACAGUCACCCUGGUUAUGGAUGCUGGCUGUCUGGCAUUGAUGUAGCCACUCAGCAGACACAGCAAAUGACCGGACCCUUUGUCGCCGUUGUCAUCGAUCCGGACCGUACCAUCUCUGCGGGCCGCGUUGAGAUCGGUGCUUUCCGCACAUUCCCAUCGAACUUUACCCCGCAGAAGGAGGCUCAUGAAGAUGACGAGUAUCAGACUAUCCCACUUGGGAAGGCGGAGGAUUUCGGUGCACAUGCCAAUCAAUACUACCCUCUUGAUGUCAGUCACUUCAAGAGCACUCUUGAUACGGAAAUAUUGUCCCUCUUAUGGAAUAAAUACUGGGUCGCAACCCUCAGCCAGAGUCCGCUAUUCACCUCUCGUGACUUUGGUAAUAAGCAGAUCAUGGAUCUCAGCCAAAAAGUGCGAAAAGCCGCGCGUGGAAUGGAGGUCACUGGUCCUCGUUCCGGUGGCGUCAACGCCAAAGAUCAACAACUCGAUAAGGUUGUCCGUGGCGGGCAGCGGAUUGUUGCAGAGGAAGUGAAGGGUCUCCUGGCAUCCGAAACUAAAAUGAAGCUCUUCCACGGCAUCGGAAAUCAGACUUCUUCGACAGAGUGA